AUGAGCCACAACUCAACCACGGCCCUUCUUGAGGCAUCGACCUCCAUCUCUCAAGGCGCCGAAGCAGCGAGUAGUGAUUCAUUCCUCGCACCCACCAAAGUAUACAAGGCGUAUAUACACCUACCAGAAGGAGCUCCCGAUGAAGAGGGUGUCCCAGUCUUACUGAAGCAUCGAUUCAACAAACAAUAUCGCCACCCGACUUUGGACUCGACCUUGACCCGCUCACGCGUGGCUGGCGAGGCACGAGCACUGAUCAAAUGUCUUCGGAGUGGUGUCAAUGUACCUGGAAUACGCAUGGUUGAUGCCGCCAGUGGAGUGUUGGGCAUAGAAUGGAUCGAAGGACGAAGCGUCCGUUUCCUUCUUGGUGGAGGCGCUGAGGACGAACAAGAAAUGGAAGAGUAUGCAGAGGAUGAAGACGACGAUCUUGUGGUGGAGGAGGAAGAUGCGGAUCCACUCGAGGAGUACGGCGUUUCGAAAGAUGCGGUGAUGGGCAUGAUUGGGACAGAAAUAGCAAAAAUGCACCUGGCUGAUAUCGUGCACGGCGAUUUAACUACCUCGAAUAUGAUGCUCCGUCAUCCUAUGGCCGCGGCUCCUCAGUCACCGUCUACUCAACUCGUCUUGAUUGAUUUUGGCCUUGCAUACACUUCUGCACUGGUCGAGGACAAAGCGGUGGAUCUUUACGUGCUCGAGCGUGCUUUCGCAUCGACACACCCAGACUCGCAACCUUUGUUCGAAUCCGUCCUAAAAGCCUAUGAACAGAAGAUGGGCAAGCAGUGGACCGCUGUGGGCAGACGACUGGAAGAUGUACGGAUGAGAGGUCGGAAGCGCAGCAUGGUCGGAUAAGUUUGAAACGGCAGAAGAAAUGUAGACUCUUGUAACAGUAUGCGUUUUUCGAAUUAAACGCUGGGCGACG